CUUGUUUCCAAAGCAAUCAUCUAUGGCGUACCCAGCAUACGACACUUACAAUCAGGGCGGCGUUCCCUUCCCUCUCUCUCGCCGCCCGUCCAUGGCCUACACUGAUGGAUAUGUCGACCCGCCCCUGGCCUCUGGUGCUUAUGGAGAGGGCUAUUCCCAAGGUUCAUUCCCGGUGUAUGCCCCAUCACGGCAGGUGAGCCAGUAUAACGGCGGCGGCGGCGGCUAUGCUUACUCCGACGCAUACGACGGCCGAGAUGCUUACUAUGAUGAAGGCGCUGCUGGGUAUUCGACACCCUGGACUCCCGGUCUCUCCAGGCGGCGCCGCCACUCUUCGGUGUCGGCGCGCCAGCGCCCAUCACUCGACAGCUUCCGCCGACCGAACGGCACGCUUGUUAAGUUCCGCCGCAAGGGUGGCUUCCGGAGUGGCGUCUCCCUCGGCGAGGCGAUGGCAAACGUCCGCAUGAGCGGGAACGACGACUACACAUUCCACGACCUCAACGUCGACCCGAGAGGAAGGGUUGUCCUCAAAAUCAGAUGGUCGGGCUACACUUCCAUGACUUACGAAAUCCCGGUCGACGGGUACGAGGGCCGUGUGCAGCUGCAGACGCUUGCACGCAGGAUUGCGCGUGCGUGCGUUCACUUCCUCCAGGCAAACAUGAUUCCGAUCUCAUGGGACCGCGUUAUUCUCUACCACCUCGAGGAGAUCUCCAUCGGCGUGUGGCAGCCCGUCCUGUCCACGAGCUGAACCGACUUGUUAACGCAAACCGACAACGACAUCCUAUUUAUCUUCACUUGCUUUCUUUCAGCAAUCAUGUACCAUAGCUGCAUCCUCGUCUUCCUCGCCACAUGCGGAGGUCGUCGCUGGCGACAACUUCUGGCUUCAACACCCCACCACUACUCAUAUGCUCAUUUAGUACGACUUCUAUUUAUCUUCCUCUGCCAACAGACAAUCU